ACUGUAUUAUUGUAGAUAAAUAUAACAUUUUCUUUUAAAAUAAAAUAUUGUAGUUGAUGAGAAGAAAAAUUCUGCAUAGUCCAGCGUAAUGGACACGAACCUGUUAGGGCGAGGGGCUGCAAAUCUUAUAACGCUUACCUCAGCACCUCUAAACUCUAUUUAGGAAUGAGUGGACUGUAUAUUUUGGUAGGAUCGUCUGCUCACACACGACAUUACUUGAAGUCGGAGGGGUUAUCUAUAGGAGACAAGAUGGUGUGUGAGACAAUUAACAAAGUUGUGGCAAUUAUAAAUUUGGAAGCCUUAUUUCGUGAAUGCGAUUAUGAAUUAUGUGAAAUGUGUUACAAAGUGAAACCGGAAGUAAUAUUAAAACCUUGUUUACACCGAGUAUGUGUAGGUUGUGCUUUUAAUACGAAAUAUGAGUGUAAGAUUCCAUCAUGCAAACAAUAUAUAAGAAAUUAUGAUAAUAUAAAAGAUAACGGCUUAUGUUACGAUUGCAAAGAAGAAGCAUCUACAGUAACAAUGCUUCCUUGUUUUCAUAAAAUUGGCAAUAGUUGUGGUUUUUAUAAAUUAUUCUCAAAAACGGAUAGAUGUCCACAAUGUGACUUAAAAGUUAAUGAAUUUAAAAAAUUAGAACUAGUGAGAAAUCAUUGUCAAAACUGCAGAACCGAACUUUCUGUAAAAAAAAUGAAGCAUUGUAACCAUUUUGUUGGGCAGAAUUGUAUAAAUAGAAAUAAAACGACAAAGUGUCCAGUAAAAAUGUGUAAUCAAAUUCAAGAUCAUUCUUCGGAAAAUGACAGUGAACAAACAUGCUGUAUUUGUAAAUUAGAAGAAACAUUGAGUGUAACAUUAAGUCCUUGUUAUCAUAAAAUAUGCAAUAAAUGUGCUAAUGAGCUAUCACUAAAAUAUGGUACUAAAUGUCCAUUAUGCAGAGAACCAAUAUUACGUUAUAAAAAUAUAGAGUUAAUAGAAAGAUGUGCAUGCAAAGAAGAACUUCGACACGUUGUAUUAAAACCUUGCCUUCACAGAAUAGGUAUAUUGUGUGCUAAUUUUAUUAGUAAUAAAAAUGAAUAUCAUCCGAAGUGUCCAAUAUGCCGCGUAAAAGUUGAAGAAUUCUGUCACGAUGAGCCACUCAUAAGGAAUGCAUUAAAUCCAUCAUAUUUAAGGCGUAUAAAAAAUGUAACAUCACAUUAUUUGAUUGAUACAAUUUGGAAAAUUAUUUGACAUCAAUAUGAAAAAUCAACACAAUUAUAUCGAUGAAAAACACGGAUUCAAUUACUGCGUUUAUCGGACGAUUUUUCAACAAUAACACGAAAUUUUUAUCUAACGACAACAAAUUUUACACGUACAGAAAAUAUCUCAAGUAUCCAGAAUGUGCUGAUUACUGUUAUUGUUCUAUUCAGCCAAUUUAUCUAAUUAUUCAUGUUAUAUCAAUAAAGAUAAAGUUCCACAUUUCCUAAUUUUCACAAUUUACAUUUAUAAACUUACAUAUAAUUAUAUAAAUCUUAAACUAACAAUAAACUAAAAUUGAGUAAACUUGACUUAAGAUCUUGUAGCUUUUGGAAUAAUCCACCAAUUUUUUAAAAUUAAAAACUAUCUACAGAUUUGCAUCGAAGCAUUUUAUUGUAAUAAUAGUAUUAACGUGACAAAAAUUAUGUUAUCAUUUUAUUACUCACAUUAUUGUGUAUUUAAAGAAAAUAUUGUAAACUUUGUUUCAAUUAAAUUAUAUGUCAAUAAAAAUAUCUGGAAACACUAAUGAUGUUGAUCCCUAAUUGAAUUAAGAGAAAAGUAUAAAAGACGGAUUAACUUGGCAUAAAAAACUCACUUUCACUUAGAAUCUCUGAAUGUCAGUUAGUUCAUCAACAUCAUCAGUGUGAAAAGACACAUUUUAAAAAAGAAAAAAAAAGAAUACUUAUUCAAAGGUAAGCAAAAAUGCUGAACAUAAAAUUUAAUAUAAAUAAUAAAGUAAAUAAGUACUUUUGGUAGAAUAGAAUCCAUAUAGAGCAGAUUUCGUUUGAGCUGUUAUUUUAGGGUUGGCGAUUGCUCUGGAUUUUUAGUAAAUUAAAAUUUACAUAUACAUAUGAAUAGUAAUAUUCCUUUUUAUUUGGAAUUGUAUUAAUAAAAAAAAAAAGAAAACCCUCGGAACACUGACCCCGAUAUAAAAAGUAACUCAAAGAAAAUAAUAAUAAGGAAUAAAGCUUAAGACCAUAAGAGUCUCAAUUAUUUCAAUAUCUGCUCAAGCAACGCAUCUAUACAUAAUAUUAUAUAUUCUUGUUCUUUUAAAUUAAUUAUUUUAUAUAAUUCCUUCGUCUCUUUUUUUGAGUUACAACAGUUUCUUAUGGUAGUGAUUUUAAUCACUGUCAGAUAUCAUUAUACAUGAUACAACUAUGCCACGUCACCACUGUGCCGCGACCCCCCUGUGCUGGGUUUUUUUUUUUUUGAUUAUUCUUAGUUACACAUUAUUCUUGAAUUAUUAACUAUGUAAUACUUUUUAAGUUAAUCCCAUAUGCCUGGUAAGGGUGUCAACUUUGUUUUUUUAAAUGAGAACACAUUUUGAAUUUAAUAAAAUGUUUGAGUUUUUAAUUUAAUAGUAAUAGGCAUUUGAAUUUUUUAUAUACAUUUAUUUGUUUAUUAGAUAUAAACAUUUAAAAUUUCAAAUUUUUGAGUUAAUAUACAGAUAUAAUACAUAUGGGUUACAAAUACUGGUAGCUAAUUGGUUUUUUAUGACAUCGAUAUUAGCAGGUACACAACAUUGUUAUUAUCAAUGUUAGUAAAGUACAUUGUUGUGAGUUUAUAAAUACACUGACAAUACAAAAAGUAUAUCUAUUGAUAGUCAUAAUUGGUAAUAUUAUACUAUAUUUAUACGUAUAAUAAACAUUCCGUGACUGUGACAGUAAUGUCAUAAAAAAACAAUUAGCUAUCUGUUUAUUAUAUUCACUAUUAUAAAUUAAUUUCCAUUUUUCAAUUAAUAUGAUAAAUAAAUUAAAACAUAAUAUUAUAUUAUGAUUACUCAGUAAUAUUAAUUAAAACUCGUAUUACGUGUAACAACUAUUUUGUUUGUUGCACCCUUGCACCUCGUAAUAAACCAUCUUUUGAAAAUUUUCCUUAAGUUUUUUGUGAAAAUUAUUCAUGUAAUUAUAUGUUAACAACUUUUUCAAACAGUGGCGCAUUUAGGGGUAGACCGUGACCUAGGGUGGCAUUUUUUUUCAA